AUGGCGCCCGGCAAGCGGAAGCGGCCAGAUAGGCAAGCCUCACACGACGAUGGCUCCGGGAGACCUUCACCCCAUCGGCCGGAGAACCUAGGACUGGCGCAGCAGAGCCAGCAGAAUGGAGGACCAAGAGGCGGUAGAGGAGGACGCAGGCAGAGUCGCAACAAUGUGCCUGCCAGCCCGGCAGGAGGCGCAAACACCGUCCCUGUGACACCGAGGGGUGUUGCAUCGCCCGCGCCUGCGAGGGAGACGCCGACGGUCGAGACCUCGAGACCGGCUACACCGCUACCACCACCAGCUGCGUCGACGAAGUCGGCUGCGGAUGAGCCUGUAGCGGCUCCGCCAGCGCCCUACUGUUACGAGCAUGUGACAGAUGAGAGGGUGGAAGCAUGGCAGGGCGAUGGGAGACAGGCGGUGCAAGAUGCGGCGAAAGAGGCGGACGAGCUCACGAUCGGUAUCGUUGUGCAAGAGCUGGCUCGGUCGGCGUUAGAUUCGAGGCUGGACGCGUCGGAAGCCGGAGGUGUCAUCAAGCAGAUGAUCGCGGACCGUGAAGGCUCAGAGACGAUCGAUGUGCAGGCGACCCUUCUCAACACCAUCUCGCUGCUGGAUGAUACGGAUACCAAGAACUCAAAGCUUCUUACGCUUGUCACGGCAACAGAGAUCGACCCGGACGUAAUACGGCAGGAGCUGGACAUCCCGCUGUUGCAGACCUUGGCCCUGGUUCGAAGCACUUUUACUCAGAUGCGCACUCGGAAGACGACGAACAUCCUCUACAGACAGGCCAACUUCAACUUGCUACGGGAAGAGUCGGAAGGCUAUGCGAAGCUUGUCACGGAGUAUUUCAGUACGGCCAACGAAGCUGUACUCAACCACGAUGUCAGCGCCGAAGCUGCCUUUCAACGAAUAAAAGCUCUGGUUGGGUCAUUUGACCUGGACGUCGGGCGGGUCCUAGACAUCACCUUGGACAUCAGUGCGAAUUUGCUCGUCAGAGCGUACGGCUUCUUUGUGAAGUUCUACCGGUGUAGCUCUUGGUGGCCGGAAGCUGGAGUUUUGGAUAAUGUCCGAUGGGAGGAUCAGGGGUUUGGCUCGUUUCCGAGAUGGGCGCUACCGGAGUCUGAACGGCCCUGGCUAGACCAGGAAGGUGAAGAGGAGAGGAAGAAAGCAGAGAAGGAGGAACAGAUGGCGAUGCGAGAAACGCGGGAUGUCAGGUUCUGGCAGCGCGUACAGGAGAAGGGCAUGGAUGCUUUCUUCGACUUAGGCUCGCGGAAGAUCGUCGACUUCGAAGAAGUCCUGCCUUUACUGGAAACUGAGGUCGCGCCAGAACUCGAUGCUCGACAGAAAGAGAUCAACGCGGAUCGCCGGAAGCGCAUCAACGAGAACCGCAAGUUCAUGAAGGAGACUGGCACGCUUCCUCCGCCCGGCAACUCGGACGCCGCUCAGCUGCUUGGUUUCAAGCUCCGCUUCUACGCCUCCGAUGCUCGAAGUGCGCAAGACUCGCUGCCCGAGAACCUCAUAUACCUCGCUGCGCUGCUCAUCAAGAUUGGCUUCAUUUCGUUGCGAGAUCUGUACCCCCAUCUUCACCCUUCCGAUGAUGGAAUGGCGGACGAAAAGUCGCGGCUGGAGAAAGAGAAGGCUGAGAAGGAAGCGAAAGAGCGGCCGGGCGGAGGAAUGAAUGCGCUGGCCAUGGCUGGAGCACUACCGGACGAUACCUUGGCGCCUGGUACGAGCGGUGGCAGCACACCGAAGGCAGAUAAGAAGGACGAUGAUACGGAGACACUACCGACGCCUUCGAACCAGAAGAUCAUGCUUCUGAAAGCACUUUUACUGAUCGGUGCGCUACCGGAGGCGCUAUACAUUCUUGGACGAUUUCCGUGGCUACUGGAGGUUGACACUUCUCUCGCACCCUAUUUGCAUCGCAUCGCACGGCAGAUGCUCAGCAAGGUUGCAGAUGCCACCAAGCCUCUCGCCGACCGCCCGGACACGCAGCAAGGGAAGCAGGAUCUUGAGAGCACAAUCGUCCGACCUGACGGAACGCUCCUAUUUCGGCCGAAGGAGACCAAGAAGGUCACGAGGUGGCUAGGACUUGAUCAGGUCGAGAAAGGAGAUGGUCAGAUGUAUCGGCAUUACUAUCCGGACUGGGACGAGAACAUUCCAGUCUGCCAGAACGUGGAAGAUGUGUUUCUGCUCUGCAACACUUUCCUCGGCCUGCUCGGUGUGAAGAUUGGUCAAGACGCCGCGCUGCUGAGCAGUCUUGUCAGGAUAGCGAAGCACAGCUUGACAGAAGAUGCGUCCGAGCACAAUCGCGCACGCUGGCUGGAGCUGAUGAAGAGACUCCUCGUGCCCUCGCUCAGUCUGAGCAAGCACAACGUGGGCCUGACGCAAGAAGUGUACGAGUUGCUGAAGUUCUAUCCCACCACGACCAGGUACAAUGUUUACGCCGAGUGGUACCUGGGCAGGACCUCACGACUACCGGACAUGCGCGUAGCUUUUGACCAUAACAGGGCAGAAGUCAAGGAUAUUCUGCGGCGUGUGACCAACGAGACUGGCAAGAAGCAGGCUCGAGCUCUUGCGAAGGUGUCGCUUUCCUCACCUGGCAUCGUCAUGAUGAGCAUGAUUAGCCAGAUCGAGGAGUACAGCAACAUGAUCGCAAGUCUCGUGGAGUGUACGAGAUACUUUAGCCUGCUGGCGUACGAUGUGCUGACUUGGUCUCUCAUCAACUCUCUGAGCGGCCAAGGCAAGAGCCGCAUGCAGGACGACGGUAUGCUCACCAGUCGAUGGCUGCAGUACAUCUCCCAAUUCGUGGCCAGCUUGUUCCUGCGAUACACCUUCGUCAACCCGAGCCCGAUACUGCAGUACCUUGUCCAUCAGCUCAGCAAAGGCGACUCUACGGAUCUGGAGAUGUUCGAGCAAGUCUUGACAGAGAUGGGCGGUAUUCGUUCGGAUAUUGAGUACAACGAUACCCAGGUCUUCUUCAUGGCCGGCGGAGAGAAUCUCCAGUCUCAAGUCCUUGCGACGCUUGGCGACAAGCGCUCCGAACGCAAACCGUCGGCACAGAGACUCAUCAAGGCUCUGGCCGGGCCUGGCCUGAUCGGACAGACACUCGUGGCCAUUGCGCAGGAGAAACAGAUGUACCCGUACCGCGAGAGCUCGGCGUUCAUGCCACUGAAGGUUCUGGGCAACAACCUUGACAAGAUUCAGUCAGUCUUUGCGCAGUAUCUGGAGGUGUUGAAGUCGAAUGUGAAGCCGGAGGACUUCGAGGCGAGUCUGCCUAGUGUCGUUGAGUUGGUGAGUGACUACGGUCUGGAGCCCGGAACUGCCUUUGCUAUCUGUCGGUUCGGUAUCACUUCUCGAAUGUCGAUCCACGCCGACAAGGAGAACGAGAAGAAGAGACUGAAGCAGGAAAAGGAGAGAAGCAAGUCCGAUGCAACGACGCAGGAUGCCACGAAGCCAGUCAUGAAUGGUGACCACGCCGAGGACCCCGUGACCAGCGAAACGAAGCCAGAUCUGGACGCUGACAUGGAGGACUCUAAAACUGAAGCGACACCACAGCCAUCGGGCGCAGGGGAUAUUGAGGAGACAAGAACAGUGCAUCCCGUACUUGAGCCUAUCAUCAACGCUCUGUCAGCUGCAUCUCCCGGGCUUGCAGAGCAAGUCAGCGUUCAGUUCUUUGUCGAGUUCUGGACUCAUUCAUUACCAGACAUCCCCUCUCCCAUGGAUAUUUACAACGGAGAGCUCGCAAAGCUUACUGAGCAGCUCAAGACGCUGCGGGCCAACCGCUCCGACAUGAGCGCCGUCGCGGUGAAAGACCGCCAACAGAAGAUCAAAGACAUAGAGAAGGUGCAGAGCAAAUACCACACGGAUAUGAAGCAUCGGGUGGUCGCGUACCAAAAGGUCGUCCCCCGGCUGAGCGCUGAAAAGAAAUACUGGUUCUCCCGAAGCAUGGAGAAGGCCGACAUUGACGCUCGACACAUUGGCCUGUUGCAACAAUGCUUUCUCCCCCGGGCGAUGGUUUCGUCACUCGACGCUCUGUACGCUUUCCUGAUGCUCAGGAUGCUUCACGACUUCGGCACGCCAGGUUUCAGCACAAUGCAUCUGCUAAACCAGUUGUUCAAGAAGCGACAGCUGACUGCUGUUAUAUUUCAAUGCACCGCCAUGGAGGCUCAGCAUCUGGGACGAUUCCUGUGCGAGAUCCUCAAGCUUCUGCAGAAAUGGCACGCCGAUCCCGAGGCUUACGACAAAGAAGCUCUUGCUGCUGAGAGGGAGAAGAAGUUGCCUGGCUUCGCUAAGAAAUUGGGCGCCAAAGGCGAGCCCGAUGUGCUUCUGGACUAUGAAGACUUCCGCCGGCUCCUCUACAACUGGCACUCGCAUCUGGGUGGGGCACUUGAAGCGUGCUUCAAGUCAGGCGAGUACAUGCACAUUCGCAACGGCAUCACCGUGCUCAAAGCCGUCGUGCCGGCGUUCCCGUCGCUGAACUUCCAGGGCCUUAAUAUGGUCAAGCAUAUCACCACGAUAUCGCAGGAGGAUUCAAGGCAGGAUUUGAAGCUGGCCGCGAUGUCGUUGCUUGGGCCAUUGAAGGGCCGGGAGAAGAAGUGGAUUCUGCCGCAGGCUUUCAGGCUGAACGAUGAGAAGAGAGAGGCUGCGCUGGCGGGGAGUCGAGCGCCUUCCGCGAAGCCUGCGACGCCGCAGCCCGAGGGCCCGAAGCUGGAUGCGAGUGCGUCCGAGUUCAAGCCUACCACCAGUGUAACAGCGCUGGCGAAUGGUGCGGUACGGAAAGAGUCGGCCACUGGUACUGAGGAUGGCGAGAUUGAGGAUACAGUGGAGAAGUCGGCCGACGUGACGAUGAAAGAUGCACCAGCUGAGCAGAAAAGCGAACAGAAGGCGACAGCAGAGCCCGUGAAGGCGCCGGAACCGCCUCAGAAGGAGCCAGAGAAGCCCAGCACGAAACCCUCAACACCAGCUCCAUUACCUUCAAAGCCACCAGCAACACCAGCAGAUUCUUCGCGUCCGGACUCUACGCAACCAUCAUCUCGUGCUGCGCAUGAUCUUCCGGCACGGCCAGAUUCUCGUCCGCCCACCAAGCCACUGCCACCGACACCUUCUGACCGAGGGAGCGGUCGUUAUCCAAGCCGCAACGAAGAUCGCUAUGGCCGUCUUGACCGCCCUGGUGAUGUACGCCCUGCCUCUCGGGAUCACUCGCCUGGCGGGAGGAGUCGUCCGCGUUCUCCUCCGCGCGAUCCAUACUACGGCCCUCAAGCUGCGGGUCGUGGCCCCCGUCGAGACGAGCGUCCACCGUCGCGGCCCACUGAACACGAAGCAAGGCACCCUCGAGACGACGGCAGACCUCCUGCUUGGCGUGAGCCGCCGUCACAAGCGGCGCACACGUCACGUUCGGCUUACGACACGCGUGAGCGAACCCAGAGUUCGAUGGGCCCUCCGACAAGCCAUUCGACUCAUCCGGACCGCGCAGCUCAUCUCAACUCCACUGCGACGAGUGCGCCCAGUCCAUCCGCCACUCGCGCAAGCCCAGCGCAAGCGAAGGACACACAAGGCCCUCACCAGCACAACGAGAACCCAGCCAGGCUCGCUCUGAUCAAUGACGAUCCUGGUCGUGGUAGUGACAGGUCGAGAGACCUUCGACCAAAUGGCCACUCUACCGAUGGUCGUAUAGGACCGGAAGCCAGGUCGAAUGAUGGCAGGUCAGGGCCGCCAGAGUCACCUCGAGAUGCUCAGCUACGUUCUGGCUCGUCUGCUACCGAUCUGGCGCCCAAUGGACCACGACAGGGCAGAGGAAGCCGAGACUUGGGUGCCCAAAGCUCGCAGGAAUCAUCAUAUGGCCGAUUGAAUGGGCCUCACGAAGUACCUGCCGGCCCGAGACCUCCGCCUACGAAUGGCCCAAGUGGUCGCGGGAGCCGGAGCUUCCCAGUGCCGCAUGGCCCUGCAAGCAGCAGAUCUCACGAGCCGCCUCCGCAGUCACCAUCGUCAAACCGACAAUCGGAAGUGCCAGCAGCGCCUCGUGGACCUGGCGGACGACAGCACGAUCGCCGAAGUUCGCAAAAUCACUUUGAGCAGCAACCUGCCUCCAACUCUGUGCCGACAACACCUGCUGCGGAGAGUGGGCCAUCUGUUCAUCCCAGCCGCCUUGCGCGAAUGGGAGCCGAGCCGCCGCCGGUCCAAACCAACACCAACCCAGGCGGCUCUCGUAGUGCAGCUUCACCUGUCACAGCACCGCCUUCUGGCCCUCGCGGCCCUGGUCGCGCGCCAGCUGCUCCACGACAAGAGCCUCCUUCCGCUAUGGCUGGACCACCAUCUGGACCUGCUUCUGAUCAUAGGAGAGGAGACCGACAGCGGGCAAACAUCAACGCUACCUUGCAGGGCUCGAACAACGGACCGCCGCCGCCCCCACCUCCACCUUCUACGCCAAGCCAGAAUAUCAACGUUAGAGGCGCUGCACUCAACCGAACUUCGAGCAUGUCAAUGGCUUCAGCGGUUAGCACGCAGCCUAUACAAGCUGUCGCUUCGUCGAUGGAGCCUCCACCAAGACGCAACGAGCCUGUUCAACCCCCGAGGUCAAAUGGAGCGGCUUCUCGCCCGGACUCACGGCAAGAUAACUCUCGAAGCCGACCCGACCGCUAUGACGAGAGGACUCUAAGGCAGUCAGAAGACCCAUACGCCGACAAGCGGCAUAGCAGUCGCAACAACAGUCCAGGUCGGAGGGCUCAGGAGGAGCAGUAUCAGCGCCUGCCUAGUGGCAUGGAUGGAAGAGAUGUGCGUGGCAGUGGUCGCGAUGACCGUAGAGCGCGAGAUGAUCGAGAAGCUCGAGAAGGACAGGCUAGGGAUGCAAGAGGCGGGCCUAGCGAUACCCGCCGUCCGCCGGAGAUGCCUGCCUCCUUCAACCCACCGCCUCCGCCAGAAUGGCAGCGUGGCAGCGACAGGCGCUCAUCAAGGCGAGACCUACCGCAAGACGAUGGGAGGAUAGGAGGCCCGGGGAAUUCAAGGCCAGAGGAUUUCAGAGGACCCCGCAGGGAGGAGUAUGGGAGAGGGCCAGCACCGAGAGACGAUGGUCCGCCUCCAUCUGGCAAUCGAAAGCGGAGGCAUGAAGAAGCGCCGCCUUACGAAGAUUCGAAGAGGAGACGGAGUGGACGCUAG